AUGUCGAAUGCCUUUGCCUCCACCGCGGCGCGAGCGAGGGCCGAGGCGAUCAAUGAGCUCUUCGCCCCUCCCGACGCAGCGUUGAUGCAUUCCAGAUUUCAGACUUCAGGGAUUGUGAUGAUCUUCGAGACGGGGGGCGCCCAGCCUCGGCAGGACUCCAGAAACUUAGCUGUUCGACACCGACGAGGGGGACUUAUGAGGUCUAGUGAGGAGCCCGUGGUGUUCGCGAAGGUAAUGGGGAGCCCCAUGAGAUCGUGGAUCGACGCACGUUCGGUGAAUGAGGCGGCCACGCACCUGCGGUGCGGCAUAUAUAACUCUCUGUGCUGUGGGGCGACGACGGUGUACGCCGACGAUAUAUUCGAUAAGAUGCCGAUCGACGAUACGACGCAGGCGAAGAUUGCUGGGAAAUUGAAACACAGCGACGACGUGCUCGACGGGGUCAUGGGGGCUAAAGGUCUUAUCCCGAACUAUAGUAAGCGAGAAACCGUCCCUUGCCUUCGUAGUCAUCAAGCGAACCGAGACUUCUCGGCCGAGUUUAAGAUGGGUAAGGCACGGGCUAGAGCUAGAUACCUGGGUUGCCGUUACGCAUGGAAUUUAUCGAGUAUGGAAGAGUUCCGCUAUCGUUGCGCAGCUGUCCACGCUGGGUGGGGGAAGCUAGGUAAGUUCUGGACCAGCCGCGCAAGCAAAUCUCUGAAGAUCCUGGCCUUUAGGGGCCACGUGGUGGAAGCCGCCUUAUCCGCGAACGAACCUUUCGCGUUUCCGAGGGCCCAGACCCAGCAGUUGGACGGGAUUUUAGCCAAGUGCCUUCGAGUUUUGGAGCGCGGCAAAGCCGCGGACUGGUCAGGCGAGCAUCCGCAUUCGUCAUCGAAUUCGACGCUUAGGCAGAGGUGGCGCCUGAUACCGAUCCGCUUCGAGCAGGCGGCCAGACGCUUCGGAUGGGCGCAGCAGAUGGCCAAGGACGCCCUCGCGCACCAGCAGGUGAUCGCCUCGAUUCGGGGGCAUCUCGAAAACAGACCUCCCUCUCUCGAUGAUGACGGGCACCUCCGUACUUGCGCACCCCCACUGGCUUUCCAGAUAGAGCGGGACUUCUGGGCGUUUGCUGGUAUUCGCGGUGCCGAGGAUUUCUUCGAGGCCCGGGAGCGGCGGGAUUUCUCCUGGCAGGCUUUAUUCCUGGAAGAAGAAGUUCGGGAGGUGUGGCUGAAAUUUGAUCCCGAGAUCCGGAAGGCCUCACUUUUGAAGGAGGGGGAAGCAUUAUGUCAGAGCCGUCUUAGGGGCCCCGCGAGGGCCUUCGAACAGGAGGAGGACAAUGAGGAGCCCACGACCUAUAUCUGUAACCUGAGGGAUUCCCAGGGGAACAUGCGCCUACAGGAGUUUGAUGCCAUGAUCACGCUGUGGAAUGUCACCUCCCUCCACCUCCCCUUGUGUCUCAGCCUCGCGCGCGUGGGGAGCAGCGCACCGAACGAGCGGGCGUACCUAGUCAUGGCGCUGGUUCUGGCGAGCGGCACCGACAGCAAGAAGGAGCCCGAGUUUCAGAGAGCGGUCAGGCGCCGCGACGAGGGGAACGGCGGCCAGACCGCCCAGAAGACCACCGCAGGCAUCAACGGACACAGCAAAGGACUGCACGUGCUGAUGAUGAAAAUGCUGCUCUCGCUCGCCCAGAGCCGUCGGAACAUCGAGGGGGUGUUGUUCGACGUGCUAAUCGUUCCAGCCGAGCUCCCAGAGGCGCUGCUGCCGCGCCAACAGAGCAUCGGCAAAGUGAACUUCGAGAAGCUGACCGAGUUCAAGGCUCGGCUCCAGUCGCUCGAUUACGAAGAAAAGAUGGACAUCAUCCGCUUCACAAAGGUAGACAGGUGCUACGAUCAGGGCAAGCGCAGGAUCACGCUGUGCCUUCAGGAGGGCCGCAAGGAGGUGAUUGGCGCCCUCCAGCAGCUGGGCGCGGAGUUGAAAUCGGGCAGGGCGCCAGCGAGCCACAUGGAGCGCGAGUUGCAGGAGUGGCUGGAGGUGUUCCUGCAGAUCACAGAUGCCAAUGAGAACGGCGUCGCCUUGGAGGGUGUCUUCGGGGUCCACGGGAUCACAGAUGCCAAUGAGGAGGGUUUUGCCACUGGGGAGUUCUCCUGGGUCGACGGGAUCACAGAUGCCAAUGAGGAGGGUUUCGCCUUUGAGGAUUUCUUCGGGGUCCACGGGAUCACAGAUGCCAAGGAGGACGGUCUCUCUAGGGACGUCGGGAUCACAGAUGCCAAUGAGGAGGGUUUCGCCUUUGAGGUUUUCUGCGGGGUCCACGGGAUCACAGAUGCCAAAGAGGGCGGUCUCUUCAGGGACGUCGGGAUCACAGAUGCCAAUGAGGAGGGUUUCGCCUUUGAGGGUUUCUCCUGGGACGAGGGGAUCACAGAUGCCAAUGAGGAGGGCGUCGCCUUUGAGGGACUCUACAGGCUCGACGGGCUCACAGAUGCCAAUGAGGAGUGUUUCGACCCCGCCCUUUUUGGGAACAGUGACCCGAGGCGCCCCGACUUCAGAGAGUACGGAGGACCCCACGCACAACGCUGGGGCCUCGGGCCGGCGGCCCUCUCGCCGCUCGUCGUCAUCGCCGCUGGCAUCGUACUCGUGGAGAUGAGGAAGCGGUGGCUCACUGACGACAAGGGCUACUUAGAGGCCCGCACGGAGGACCUCCGGCGCGAGCGCCGCCUGAACGAGCGCUUCGCCUCGGGCGCCGCGUUCCCGCUCGACGACGGCGAGGGCCUGCCCAAGGUCGCCGCCAGGCCGCUCGGGCAGCAGAGGCGCCGCCGGCCUCGGCGCGAGGUCGCGGGGCCUGCCGGCAAGGCCGGCAGGCGCCCCGAGACGCAGCCGUGCAUCAAGUCGCUCCGGGGCCUGCAGCGGGACCUGGGCAGGUCGACCCAGGACGUGGAGAACGCUUCCAGGUCGAAGGGCCAGACAGACCGCGGCACGGUGUUCAGCGUCGGGGUGCUCGGCGCCGUGGCGGUCGCCCGCAAGCUGUCCGUGAACUCGGGGGGCUCGCGCGAGUGAGCGGCGGCCUGCCCGCCCGCUUUGCUCGUCUCUACUGUAGGGGUGUCCGUGAACUCGGGGGGCUCGCGCGAGUGAAUGGCGGCCUGCUUCCCGCACCGUCUUUCUCUCUGUUUUUACCUUCUUGCUUCCUAGGUGGGCGCGCAUAUCCGCGCCCCGAUUCUUUCGGCCGCCGCACACCUCGCGGCCGCCCCGGUGCUGCCACCAAGUGCCGCACGCAUGAAGGCGUCGUGGCACGACCGCGCAGACAGGCUUUCCUCACUGCGUGAUAUCCGACCCCGAACUUGGAGCCGUCUGCCAGGCGAUCGC